GAAGAUCUUGCUGCAAUUGUUAAUGAAUGGAAAAAUAUGAAAGGAGAAGACAUUUAUAGUCUUAGAAUGGCCUUUCAGCAAGCUACCCAAAUGGAAAGAUCAAGAAUCGCAAGGUUAGAAUCUGUUGCUCGAGCUACUAAUGACAAUGAACCAAUUUGUAAUAUAGCGCCAAAUACAAAAAUCAUUUGUAAAUGA